GUCAGAAACAAUGCUCAGGUAGCCGGUGGCAUUUAAACGAUGCCCAAUUGGCACUAAGGGGCCUAAAGUGUGCCAAGAAAACAUUCCCCACACCAUUACACCACCACCACCAGCCUGCACAGUGGUAACAAGGCAUGAUGGAUCCAUGUUCUCAUUCUGUUUACGCCAAAUUCUGACUCUACCAUUUGAACGUCUCAACAGAAAUCGAGACUCAUCAGACCAGGCAACAUUUUUCCAGUCUUCAACUGUCCAAUUUUGGUGUUCCCUCAGGAGGUUAGGAUGAACGUUGGCGUCGCCCACAGCGAGGGGAACCCCAACACCCGGGUCAUGAACAGUCGGGGGAUCUGGCUGACGUACGCGCUCGGAGUGGGAAUGCUUCACAUCGUGCUCUUGAGCAUUCCUUUCUUCAGCGUCCCGGUCGUCUGGACUCUCACAAAUGUUAUUCACAACUUGGGAAUGUACGUGUUCAUGCACGCGGUAAAAGGGACGCCGUUCGAGACUCCAGACCAAGGCAAAGCCAGGCUCCUCACACACUGGGAACAGCUGGACUACGGCGUGCAGUUCACAUCAUCCAGAAAGUUCUUCACAAUUUCGCCCAUCAUUUUAUAUUUCUUGACAAGCUUCUACACGAAAUACGACACGGCUCAUUUUGUGAUAAACACCGCGUCAUUACUGAGCGUCCUCAUCCCUAAACUACCCCAGCUCCACGGAGUGCGACUCUUCGGAAUCAACAAGUAUUAAUUGUUCAGAGGGAACGGCGCCAAGAACCCCCCCCCCCCUCUCUCUCUCUUCCUGCGUCACUUUGCAGUUUUGUACAGAGUGUAAAUUUAGUGUUUGUCUUUGCCUAGAAGCACCUCGCGUUAUUCCGAGGCAUGCAUACAGUACGUGUCGACGCCUCCAGCGUUAACUUAAAGAAGUAAAUAUUUAAUUUUUCUUUCCUUCGGCUCCCUCAUGGAUCUGGGCUGGCCCGGGUUUCACUGUUGAGGUGAUGUUUUUUUGUUUCUUUUGAUUUCAUGUUCCUUCCUUUUGUUUGUAGUUGCACACUAAUGUAAGGCUUUUGUUUAAAAGGUUCUAGAAGAUUAAAAAGAAAGGGAAAAAAAACUUUCGGUAUAAAAGUCAGACCCUGUAGUCUUUUCAGUGUCUAAAAAAAAUAAAAAACAAUAAAGACUUGCAUGAUUUUUUUUUUUUUUUAGGUUUGUUAGAUGAAGUAUUUUGAUAGAGAUCCUGCAUCAGGUUUAUGCGAGAAAAAGAAAAGAAAAAAACAAUAAUGUGCAUUAACACAGGUUUUGGUGUUUACUGAUGCGAGUCUGAUGCUUACGUGCUCAUUCCAGUCAGUGUGCUCGUUUAUUAGGACGCAACUGUGAAUCUCUUAAUGAGCAGAGCAGAUGUUUUUUGUUUGUUUGUUUGUUUGUUUUCCCCUAGCAUCUCUGUUAAUUCAUGGUAUUACUGGAGCUCAAACAAACCCUGUGUGUAAUAAAGGCUUAUUUGUGCUCUCUCUU